GAUGCAUUAAGGGAAAAUAAAGCACUUUCACCGACCCCCAACUAACACUCGAGACAAACACCACAAGUCCACAACCACUCAAGAUGACCCCAUUGGGAAUGGUAUGGACAGUGGUGUGUUUGUGGACAACAGUGUCCAGCCAGACACCAAAAGAGUCCGACUUCGUCCGCUACCCCCGGAUCAAUGACACAGAGGUCCUCACCUGUGAGUGUUCCAGCCGCUUCUGGUUCCGCACUCUCCAUGGCAACCUCGGCUUCCAGUUCCUUCUCAGACUCAACAAUGCUGGCCGGACCAUCCACAAACACGGUGUGGACCAACACCGGUUCAAGGCCAGUCAGCGAGAUGGUGGAAGCAAGAUUACUUUCACACCCCUCAUUAACAUAAUGGCAGAGGAUGCAGGGCUGUACUCCUGUAUGCUCCAGAACCAGAAAGAGAAUGAGCUGUGGAGGCCAGGAGUUCUUCUCAGACCUGGAGAAACUCGGCCAACAUUACCCCCCAUCACAAAGCCCCAGCCCCAAGGCAUCCCAAACGGCUGCUGCACCAAAUGCAACUAACAAACCCCAAAAGGCUGUGGCUCCAAGGUUCUCUGGCCUUUGGUUGGAGUACUACUGGCCCUGGCUGUGGCUUUGAGCUCCACACUGUACUACUUCAGCCUUGAGCGACUUCUCUCCUUCCUUGCCUUCAGAUAAAGCAAUAUAGCAGAACCAACAAGGAAUGUGCUCCAGUGCUGUUUGUAAUUAGCAUAGUCAAUUGUCAAAGAUGCUGGUCAUACAGGGCCAAAGCCAUACUUGAGAUGCGGAUGCUUAACUUGGACUUUCGCAUAAACUGUGCAUUGUUGUCAAAGGAAUAUUUGUGUGAAAACUUGAGUUACAAGUAAGCAUAAUAUAUUAGGAACCCAGCCUCAGCGGCCUGAACAGCCACAAACAACAUUUCAGAUGUUUGACAAAGCAAAGGCAAUAAAGUGCACUUGGACGUAAACAACAAUAACCAAAUGUAUGCAUUCUGUAUGGGAUAGCUAUAUACAUGGGGGAGGCAGUAAUGUACUCAUGUUUAUUACAGUUACUAUGAUGUUGUUCUGAAUUCGUUUUUUGUAUGUGCUACAGGACUACCCAAAAAGUGUCGACAUCAGUUUGCCAAGAAAGGACCGUUGAAGUCAUUCAGAGCGCCCACACUGCAGACUCAGAGACAGUGCUGUAUUUACUGUAUGUGUCCUUACAGGGAUCUCCUUCCACUUUAUGAAUCUGAAGACCGUUUUAUCAGCAUCUUCCUUUACAAUUCUUUGUUCAUUACGACGAUGAACCAACAUGAAGUACCAACUGUCUAAAAGAAAAGUCUUAGGAUUCUGUUCACAAUGUUAAUGUCUCUGGAUAUGGAUUUGUAAUUAAGGGGAUGUAUCAAAUAUAAAACCUUUAUAUUGAACAGGUAUUACUCUCGCAUGUGCUAUUAUAGCACCAAUGCUAUGCAUUCUGCUGUGGUAGCCUAAUGUCAUGAUUAUUGGAUGUGUUUAUCAUGUAUUGAUGAUAAAU